AUGAUCACUUUCAACGUCUUGAAAUUUUUCGACCAAUUGACAGGUGAAAUUAAGCUAAUGAAGGACUUCGUCAUUACCGUUAAAGGCCGAUUGUUUAAGCCUUGUUGGACGAUGCUGUCUACCUUUUCGAGGCGUUUGACUCGCCAGCCAAUAUCGGUUAGAAAUGGGGUAAGUCGGUUCCAUUCUUCUGCCUUUACCGGGGCAGAAGAGGCCCCAGCUUCUACAAGCUCGAAGCUUUCCAAAGAUCAGGUGAAGAGAAGAGAAAUGAGGAGAAUGGCUCAGCGAAAAGCCGUGGCUAGAAAGCCUGCUAGUGAUCAUCCGCUUUAUAUGCCUGUAACGAAGGCGUUGCGAUUUCUGCGGGCUGCUGAAGUAGGUCAGCCGCAUACACAACAGACACUCAGUUUGACGACGCUCGUGGUCGCUGAAAGAGGGUCACCCGCAUUGAGCGGCAACGUUUCGUUUCCCAAGCCAUUAAAAGACAUCAGGGUUGCUGUUUUUACUGGUGACGAGACCCAGGCGCAAAUGGCGCGUGAAAAAUAUCACUGCCAUGUCGUUGGUGGGCCUGAGCUGGUGGAACGUAUCAAACAGGGCGAGGUCUCCUUGGACUUUGACAAGAGUUUAGCCACACCUGAUAUUGCUAAUCUUCUGGCUUCUCAAUUGGGACGUAUCUUGGGACCUAAGGGCCUUCUACCCAGCGCGAAAAAGGGAACAGUUUCUGAUGACUUGGAAAGUCUCAUCAAAGAUAGCAUGGGCACAUUACCUUUCCGGCAGCGUGGGAACGCCAUCAGCAUAGCCGUAGCGAAAUCAAGCUUCUCGGACCGCCAGGUCCUGGAGAAUAUCGUUGCGGCUCAGAAGUCGAUCAAAGAGGCGCUUUCAAACCAGAAAACGAAAAGACCAAGCUUGCUCAGCCAGACGACGCUGUCCUCGACUCACGGUCCCGGAAUCGUGAUCGACUUUGCCUGA